AUGCAGCCGUUUUGGUUCUCCAGAUCGUCGUCGUCGUCACUGCCGCUACUCCUCGUGCUGCUGCUCCGGCUGUCCACGCCGAGCUUGGCACGGGCGCCGGUGUCCCGAACCAUCACCGUGCAUAGGCAAGGGCGAGGCGACUUCCGGACGGUGCAGUCGGCGGUGGACUCCGUGCCGGAUGGCAACCGGAACUGGAUCAAGAUCCAUGUAAAUGCAGGGAGCUACUGGGAGAAGGUCACCAUCCCACCGAAGAAACGCUACAUCUUGCUGGAGGGGGCCGGCUCGUCGAGGACGGACAUCAGCUUCAACGCAAACGCGCACGCCGGCAUCGACCAGAUAAUGCGCCGCCCGAACGUGAGCGUCGACGAGCUCUCGCCGACGUUCCGCAGCGCCACCUUCACCGUCCUCGCCGACAACUUCGUCGCCCGGGACAUCUCCUUCAAGCGAGGAGAACCAGGCGGUAGCGGCGACAAGAGCGCGUUCUACGGCUGCGAGUUCCACGGCUUCCAGGACACGCUCUGCGACUUCCGGGGGCGGCACUACUUCCGCCGCUGCCUCGUCCGCGGCGGCGUCGACUUCGUCUUCGGCUACGGCCAGUCCAUCUACGAGGACUGCGUGCUCGUGUCGGCCAUGCCGCCGGGGCCGCAGCCCGGGUGGCUGACCGCGCACGCGCGGCUCGACGCCGGGAGCCCCGGCGGGCUGGUGUUCAAGGGCGGCGCCGUGACGGGCACGGGCCGCAUCUACCUCGGCCGCGCCUGGAACGGAUACGCCACCGUCGUGUUCUACGGGGCGCGCAUGGACCACGUCGUCGUGCCGCAGGGGUGGCAGGCCUGGAAUUGCCAUGCACACGACAUGAUCUGGGCUAAAUUUCUUGCUUGGAGAAUUAAUACGUACUCCCCCUCUCGCUCCAUGCGCCGGCGGCCGGCCGGUUCAGCCAUGGCUGCCCCGGCGCUCCACGUGGCGAUCCUCGCCGCCGUCCUGCUGCUCCCGUUCCUCAGCGUGCCGGCGGAGGCGCAGACCAAGAAGUUCUGCCUCACCCAGUUCGCCAUCGCCAGCCAGGCCUGCGCCAUCCUGCCGCCCACCAGCCCGGAGCACCGUCACCACGAUCACGACGACGACGAGGACGAGGAUGAGGACGACGACGACGAGGACGAGGAUGAGGAUGAGGACGACGACGACAGCGGCGGAGGCGGCGGCGGCGGAGGCGGAGGCGGUGGUGGUGAUGAUGCUGGUGGUGGUGGCGAUAGUGGUGGUGGUGGUGAUAGUGGCGGUGGUGGUGGUGAUAGUGGUGGUGGUGGCGGCGGCGAGCGCAAUCAGAACAAGAAGAGCGACGUCGUCAGCAAGCCUGCGGCGUCGAGCGGCGUCGUCAGCAAAGCCUCGUCGCCGAGCGGCGGCGUCACCGGCAAACCCGCGUCUUCGAUGAUCACCGUCGUCGAGACGGAGGUGGACGCCGCCGAAGAAGACGUCGCGGUCGCGCGCCGCAACGGCACCAGGCGCUCCGUGGGGAACCACACCCGCAGCGGCGGCGGCGACGGCGUCACCCGCCACCGCCGCAGUCGCUCCAGCAGGCGCCGCCGCCGCCGCCACCGCCGUGGGCGUCUGCGCGACGGCGAGGACGGCGGCGACGAGGACGAGGAUGAGGACGAGGACGAGGACGAGGAUGAAGACGAGGACGAUGACGAUGACGACGAGGACGAUGACGACGACGACGACGACGAGGACAACGACCACCGCGCGUACAGGGACUGCUGCCGGUGGCUGAAGGAGGUGGAGCCGGACUGCGUGUGCGAGGCGCUGCUCCGCCUGCCGCCCUUCCUGGUGAAGCCGCAGCACAAGUACACCGUCAAGGUCGGGGACUCGUGCAAGUUCACCUACAGGUGCGGCGGAACCUGA